AUGAAAGCAAAACGGAACUCAAUUAAAUUUACUAUUGAUCAUGUUUGUAUGAUUAGUUGUAAAAAUAAUCCCGAUGAUUUAUUUACUAUUAAAAAUCAAGUUCUUUUAGUUAAUUUAGAAGAACAAGAUAAUAAUAAUAAACAACCUGUCCCCAUUGAAAAACCUUCGAUAAAAAAAGAUUUAACUGAAGUUGAAAAUCGAUUUACACAAAGUUGGACAUUUGAAACUAAUGGAUUUGAAGUUAAUCGAGUAUAUUUAAUUGAUGCAAAUGUUUCUGAUGGAAAACAUAUUCCUAUUCCUUGAUGGAUCACUACAGGAAGUAUCAAUAUUACACGAAAAUAUCAUACAGCAUCGGCAUUAACAAAAGGAAAAGUAUUGAUUACUGGUGGAUACAAUAGUACUGAAUUAUAUGAUCCAUUAACAGAAAUCUGGACACUUACUAGUACCAUGAUUACUACACGAGAAUUUCAUACUGUAUCGACACUUACAAGUGGAACAGUGUUAGUUGUUGGUGGUGAUCGUAAUGGUGUUGUUUAUUCCAACAGUGCAGAACUGUAUUGA